CUAAAAUGCAAAAAAAAAACGAUUCAGUUUGACAAUUGAGUUCCUUUGAGGAUAGUCGGCAGCAGGGCAUGAAUCCUCUAUCGACUUGUCGCCUCUUCAUGAGGAGAGGACUGCUUCUCCACUAUCCCGCAUACGCAGGACAAAAUGCCUAGUAGGGCAGCUACUGCCAAACGAGAGGAGAAAAGGAAAUCUCUGCCAAUCGCAACGAAAAGUCUGAGCCAAGGAGUGCAGUUGUCCUGUCUGAACGUGGCCGAUACACGGACAUCUGACCCAAGAGACGUUGGAAGAAGCAGAAGUUAUUUCAUUCUGUAGCUGUAAAGCGAUCCUUGGAAGAAGCAGAAGUUUUUUCAUUCUGUAGCUGUAAAGCGACACUCUUGAAGAACAUGUACUAGUAGUGACAGGUCCUCAACAUCUACUAGUAGUGACAGGUCCUCAACAUUUUGUCUUCGUUGACAUUGUGCCAACAAUGUUGACAUCAACGUUCCAGUUCUCCCUUAGGAGUCAGGUCUUUGACGGUCUGAUCGCACUAGGAACAUCCAACGAUGGGGCAACUUACCUGGCGGCUGCUACAUCAGCGGGGAAAGUUAAGAACUAUGUAAGUAGCUGCUGAUUUCUGACUCCUUUUGCUUUUGUAGGUCUGACUAUGAAUGGCUAGUUCCACACCAUCGUGAAUGCACGUGGACAACGACUACUACAAGACAAAAUAUAUUGAAAAUUCUACUCACCUUCUCGUAAGCAAGGUUAAACCUUGCAGAAGUCCAUCGCAAAACAAGUCACUACACUUGACACUUUGAGACACAGGUGGAGUGGUCUAAGAGACUUUUUGGUCUAAAAGACUGUUGAUCUUUGAGGUUUGAUAGUUAGCCACACCUCUAAAAGAUUGUUGAUCCAUCAGCCGCAAGCAGGCCAGAAGCCGGGAGAUGAGUACUUCUUAAAGAAAAAGUAAAUCUUUCGCCAUCGAUUUCUCAACAGAAAAUGGAAGGCGACUUGUCAUCAUCACAUGUGGAGUAGUAGUGUUUUUACUGUAGAAAUAAAUUCAGUACCCUUGGGUCUGGUCUCAAAGUUGAUUUGGCAGGUCAGAUGAUUGGAGACAUAUGACAUGACAUUUGUAGAAAUAUAUUUAGUUGUACCUCCCUUUGAAGAAUUCAAUACUCCACUUAACCCACACACAGCGUUCAAUUUCUGAACAUCAACAAGAAGAUUACGGAUAUAGCGGUUGGCGCCUUGUCCGAGAAAAAUGUGGACCGGGAUAUCAUUAUGGUGGGCACGCCGAGCAACGUGAUGGCGUAUUGUUACAGCGUGAGAGAACGUCUAUCUUAGCCCUCGACGCCCUCUUCAUUCUCUCGCACUUACAAUCAGGGACCACGACGGGCAACUGAUCUCCCUUAUAUUUUGUAAUCACACUCACACUAGUGAAAAGCUUACUAUUCGUCAAUCUAUUCCAAUCAAACAGGAGCACAGGUACGACAUCGAGGAGAACGCGGAACUUUUCGUGAAGGAGAUAUCCGAUGGUUGUACGAGACUUCGGUACGGUCGCAGAGAGCCGUUUGGGCGAUUGUGUUUGGUCGGUGGACAUUGUUCGUUGCAAGGCUACGAUGCAGAGGGGACGGAACUUUUCUUAAGGCUCAAUGUAUAAUGCAUUCAUUUCCACAAGUCAUCUCUCACUGUUUCCGUCUUAGGAUUUGCAGAAAUGCAGGCAAGGUGUGAGUUGCUUUAAGCUUUAAUUUUCUGGUCAGUAGUCGGUGAUACAGUGUCCGCGCUUGCCUUUACCGAAGGCCAGGACGCUGUUUGUGACCUGCUUGUGGCGACCGAAGACAAUGAAAUAGCAGCGUUUUCGCUGAGGGGAGGUAUAUCUUGUUUUCCUGUUGGUUCUUUUAAUAUUUUGAGUUUGAUUGUCUAGGGAAUUCGCCUUCUUGAUUUCAUCUUCGUUUUUCCACGCCCCUUCUAGGUUCCUGCACCUCAGUCGGAAGUCCGAUAACCGAAGUAGAUGUCGUGACGCAUCUAGAAUGCAUCUCUAACAACCUCUUCGCCUACGCUUUGAAUUACGGCUGGUCUUAGUUUGAACUUGUGUGAUAGGCUACCUGCUUUUGAAUGACUCUUCUAACUAUAACUUCUAACCUCUUGUUCGUUGUUUUCGACUCUUGUCCCCUCCCCUAAUUCAAAAGCGGUGCAGUAGGAGUGUACAAGCUGACACAGCGGUCAGACAACUGGGCCACCAGAUUGUGGAGAAUGGCGGCUAAGCAUCAGCCACGCUCAUUGAAGUUGUUGGAGUUAUGGCAAGCUUUCAUCUUCAUGGAGUUUACAAGUUGAAGUUUUUACUCCUAACUCUCCUAAAUUCCUAACUCUCUAAGCCAAGUAGCAGGUGGAACGAAGCAUGUGGUUAUAGGGUGGAGCAACGGGAAGGUAGAAGUUCGGAAUCAAAUGACCGGAGAUUUGAUGUACAAAGAAACGCUGAGCGCAGCGAAUCUUGCGGGAGUUGUUAUUUUAUGAGACGAACGUCGUGUGCGUGGAGUAGAUUUGGUUGGUGCUCCGUGUGCUUGGAUUACUUAGAUUUGGUUCUCUACCUGAAGUAAUACAAGGGCCACUUCUUCUCUCAUUGUCAUUUCCCUUGAUUAUUCCCUGGAAGAAUUGUUCCCAUGAUCAAGAAAGGUUUUAUUCUCCUGCUCUAAUUUCUGGUCGAUAUAGACAGGACGGGUCUCCACCAAACAUCAUUGCGCUGACGAACAGUGGCGAUGUCCACGGUUUUCUGCCUGAGGCAGGUACUCCCGGCGCAGCACCGAUUGAUAAGAAGAAACUUUAUGUGAGGAGAAUGAUAACGGGGUUGUUUUGAGAUCGUAUUUUUAGCUAUCAUUUCCACUCUCGAUACUACAUGGAUUUUCAACAUCUUCUUCAGAUAGAGUAGUAAGAGUAGCUUUUUAUUUUGUCCCCUUACCUUUCUCAUACCUCCCAGAAAAGUAUGGGAUUCUUGGGUGCUGAUCCGACUGCUCAGAAAACCGAAGUAGACAACGAAGCCUACCGGACUCUACUAGCAGAAAGGCAGUCACUUCAGAGUUAUGGCGUUGGUAUGGGUCCAAAUUGGAGAAAGCUGUGUAAUUUUAGUGUGGCAAUGGGUGUGUUCUACCGUCAGAAGGAAAUGCGUGUUGCGUCAUUUGACUCCUUUCCAGCUCAUGUAGUCCUUCAAUUCGUCUUUUCUACUACUUGUCUUAUUAAUAAGCAAUGUGGUUUACAUAUUAGCACAUCUCGUCCCAACAACUCAUCAUUUUCUAACCAACCGAGCUGAAGAGUGUAGAGGAUCAGAUGCGACAAAUGAAGCAGAGUGGUGGCGGCAACCAAGGGUUGAUACCUACAGACACCUCGUUGAGUCUGACGCUCCAGACCUCACCUGAGGGACUGAAAUUGCGACUGGCGACGUCUAUUAUGUUGACUGGACUGAGUUAUAAUUGAAGAAUCCUCGUCGCAAGAAAGUGUGGUUAGCGUAUUUUUCUGCCAGUUCGAGUCAGAUCUCUCCGCCUCUAAUCCCAAUUACAGUGUCAUCCGAUCCGUAGUGAUCUAUGCGGAGCACCUGUUUGAGCAGAACGAGGCUGAGAUUUUCUUCUUCCAACCCGCCAAGAACGAAGCGCUAGUCCCCAUAAGCCCGCACAAGAAUGCAGAAGUGACGCUGAAGGUGCAGUCCUACGUCGGGACGAGCGCUACAAGUGAACAAUACCACACUUUUGUUAAGGCUUGAGGAAAUCCAUCUUUCGCAGCAUCUUGUUCCCGUUUUGAAGGGAAAGCGGGCACCAAGAUGCUCACCAAGAUGGAUUUCUGCAAGGUCUAAUUUUGAGCAGAAGUUUACCUUGCCAAAGUUUUCGAUGUUUCACCACGUGACAGAGGGGAAAUUGCGCAAGCCUCUGGGGAACGUGAAAAUUGUGCUGACCCAGCAAUCUCAGCAACGGAUCUGGCAGUGGUUGACGAAAAACUUCAUCAACGUGCAGCAACCGAAAUUAUGGUUUUACUACAGUUUUUUUUGUCCUACUUUUAGUAAAAAAACAACCGGUUAGUUUUUACCUCUAAACCCUAGGUUUAUCCCAUGAAACAAAAAAUUAUGAUGCUGGGAUGCGGCAGACGAUGGAUUACUAGGGUGAGCCUUAAUUCUUUCUCAGCGGGCUCUCUUUCCUCCUUCGGGCGGUCCUCGUCCUACCACUUCCUGAAGAAGGCACUUUUCACGCUCUUGUAGUGGUCCUUUGAGGUUCUGUUGUCACCUGAGACUAGCUCUAACACCCGAGCCAGGGAAGCACCUCAACUCCCAGUUCGUCUCUCUGAGAAAACAGACCGCUUUGCUACUAGAAACCUCCGACACACCUGGAAGAAAUGGUGUACAAUUUCUGCUGCACAGCGACGAUCUUGAGCUGGCGGCGGAAAUAAUAGAGGACUUGGCUAACCACUUAGGCGUGAAGGAGCUCGACGCUGUAGCGAGUUUCCCUCAGGAGUUGCAGGAACUCGACACGGUUCUGCAGCACAUUCAAGGCCACAAUAACACGCGGCUUCGAUUGACAGCUGAGAUAGCGGACAGUUCGAACCUCGUGAAAGCAUUAGUGGUGAAAGCGGAAGAUUAUAGGAUAUUGGCAGGUAUUGCAUCCCUACUUGUGGUUGUUACAGUUUCUUCGUCUUAUUAUGCUAGUCUGUUUUGAAAAAGACGGCUUAGGCUUUGAUGUUGUGACAAAAUGACCAAUCUCACACGUUCCUGUGCUCUCUUGGGACGUCUAUGAGUUACUAUAUUCAAGCAUUAUCCUCUUCGCCUGUCAGAGCACGUCUCUACGGUCACCAUGAACGGUGAUAACAGGGACAGUAGCAUGCAUGCCUUCACAUCCUCCUCACUUACCAGAUAUGAAGAAGUUGCGACGCGCAUAUCAGAUAUUACAGCACACAAAUGGGGAUAUGAUCGCGGAGCAUACGAAACGGGCAAGCAACUAUCAGGAAUUGCUCACUCAUUUGAAAAAAGUGAACCAAACGCUCCAAAAUGCUGGUCGACUGCGGUGUGGUGCAGCUAAAUCCAAGACAGUUCAGGCCUGUAGGGCAGCGAUGAAAGCCAACAACGCAGGGGAAUUGAAGGGACUCAUUCAGACUGGGGCGAAAUAAUGAAGACCAGGGCCCCGAGGGGAUAAGACACAGCUCAAGAACUGUUAUUGGGGAUUGUUAUUUCUUUCUCUACCACGCAUUGAUUCGCGCUGCUAGCAGCUUGCGUAAUGCUUUCUCAAAUUGAUCAAAAAUGUUAUCGUACACCGCAAAUUUUGACAGAAAAGAAUGUGGGAAUAUCUUGAAUUUCGAUUGAUUUUGCGACGCUCCAGCGAAUGCUUGAGAUUGACUCCUUUCUUUGUAAAUUUAGAUUCAUUUGAACUGUUGAAAACGACUACCCAAC